GCUAGCAUGCAAGAGCACCAUGUUGUUUCAUCAGCAAUAUUUUGUUUUCUUCCACCCCUCCUUUCGCUUGGCGAUGCUAUGUUGUUUGUAUGUCUGCAGAGAUACACACACAAGCUGAGCAUUUAUCCUUUUUAACGAUCAACGUUCAGGCUGCCUCUCUUUUCAGGACAGUGUUCUUUGAGAAGACAACAAAGGAUACAUCAUGUGUGGAAUUUGGGCAAUCUUUGGCUGUGACCAAGAUGUUUCUAAACAGUGCAACAGUGCAUUGAAAAUAGCUCAUCGAGGUCCCGACUCGUUCCGUAUUGAGAACAUCAAUCACUACAAUAACUGCUGUCUAGCCUUCCAUCGAUUGGUCAUCGUGGAUGACAUCUUUGGCAUGCAACCAAUGAGAAUCCGGAGCCAUCCCCAUAUCUAUGUGCUGUACAACGGAGAAAUCUACAAUUACCGCACUGUGCAGAAACAGUUCAACUUUCAGUAUUUGACUGAAUGUGAUGGUGAGGCUAUUAUUCACCUCUAUGCCCAAGGAGGAGCAGAGUAUGCAGCCUCAAUGCUGGAUGGUGUCUUUGCUUUCUGUUUAUUAGACACAGCUGCCAAGAAGGUUUAUCUUGGUCGAGACACAUAUGGAAUUCGUCCAAUGUUCAGACUCCUGAAGGAUGAUGGCUUUCUUGCUAUCUGCUCUGAGGCAAAAGGAUUGUUAGGGCUUGCCCAUGGAGAUGAAGACCAUGAUGUUGAAAUUAUUCCAUUUCCUCCUGGAAAUGUUGAAAGCUAUGAUCUUGAAUCUUCUGGCAAAGUAACACUUUGCGAGAGAGUUGAGUUUCACUCCUUUGAGAAGAAGCCUAAAUGGGCAGACAUCCCAGCGGCUGUCAAACUUGGUGAAGAUAUUCAUGAGAAUAUCCGCCUCUUGGUCACCGAUGCAGUCCGGAAACGUCUGAUGACUCAUCGUCACCUUGGAUGUCUUUUGUCUGGUGGGCUAGACUCAAGUUUGAUAGCAGCUCUUGUGGUCAAGUUAGCCAAAGAAUCUGGACUUCAGUACCCUAUACAGACGUACUCUAUUGGAAUGGAGGGAAGUCCUGAUGUGCUUGCAGCUAGAAAGGUUGCAGCGCAUAUUGGCAGUGAACAUCAUGAGGUUUCUUUCACACCAGAGGAAGGAAUUGCUGCCCUGGAUGAGGUUAUUUAUUCUCUAGAAAGUUGGGAUACAACAACAAUCAGAGCCUCUGUUGGUAUGUACUUGGUAUCUCGCUACAUCAAGAAAGAAACGGAUAGAGUUGUGAUAUUUUCUGGAGAGGGUUCUGAUGAGCUUGCUCAAGGAUAUAUCUAUUUCCAUCAGCAACCCUCUCUUGAAGAAGGAGACGCUGAAAGUCGACGUCUUCUCAAAGAUUUGUACCUUUUUGAUGUAUUGAGAUCAGAUCGUACCACUGCGGCCCAUAGCUUGGAGUUACGUGUUCCUCUGCUUGAUCAUCACUUUACCUCCUACUAUCUGUCACUACCUGCAAGUAUGAGGCGCCCUCAACAGGGGAUUGAGAAGUACCUUCUCAGGAAGGCGUUUGAUGGGACAGGACUUCUACCAUCAGAGAUCCUUUGGAGACCUAAGGAAGCAUUCAGUGACGGUGUUUCCUCGGUUAAGAAAUCAUGGUACGAGAGUCUGCAAGAGUUUGUCAGCCAAGAGGUGGAUGACGCUAUGUUAGAGAAUUCUCCCAAGAGAUUUCCCUUCAUCCCUCCAACAACCAAAGAAUCUUAUUUCUACCGUGAGGUAUUUGAGAAGCACUUUAAGGGUCAUGCUAAAUGGAUUCCAUACAGGUGGAUGCCAAAAUGGUGUGGAUAUACAGAUGAUCCAUCAGCAAGAGCACUUAAGCACUACAAGCAAUCUGAUGUAGACGAAGAUAAGAAAGAUAUUGAAGUUUAGAAUAGAGAGACACUUUCCUAAAGUUUGCCUGAAUUGAUGAGAACAGCAGUGUUUAACCAUCACCUCAUAUUCUGCCAGUUAAAGCAUGGAGGUUGGCUAGUUAAAGCAUGGUUAAAGUUGUCAGUUCUUUACAUUUUUCAUGGUCAACUGCUCUCAAACUUAUCUUAAUUUUUUCUACAAGAAGAUCAAUAAAGACAUGGAGCUAAACUUGUGCAACUUUUAUCGUCUCAUAUCAGCUAUAUACCAAACCCUUCAAGAAACUUUCAAAAGCCUGCAACCAGUAAAGUUAAAUGGCUGAAGAACACACCCUUGGCUUGUUUUCUGACGGCUUAGAGUUCUUUUCUGAGUACAAUGAUCUUCGUCAUAAAGUCCCAUUUUAUACAUUGAUGUUGGCCCCAAGUAAAACUUCUGCGGCUAAUACACCGGGCAGCGAAGAUUACAGCACCUAUUCACUUGUUUGAUUGAUUAUACCAACUGAAGAUAUAAGUUCGAAAUUCAUUUUGUUUAAAUGCUGAAAUAACUUUACUUUAUUAAAACCAUUCAUAGCCAAAAAGUGUUUCAUUAAAACUAAUGGUUGCAGCAUUUUACUACUGUGCCAUUAUUAUAAAAAUAUGUUUGAUUGAUUUAAGUGAUACUUCAAAAGUAAACUAGAUGAUUGAUUGAAAUGUAUGUAAACAUCAUGUGUAACCUGGUUGUUUAUGUAAAAAAAACAUCAUCGUUGUUUAACAAUAGGUUUAAACGAAAUUGUUUUAUUUUAUGAUUAAGUAGUAUUUCAUUUAGAAAAGUUGUCUGUAAUAUGUGGGUGGGAUUGGGGUAUUCAAUUAAUAGUUAACAACAAAAUUACUUGAAACAGUUAUUUUUUAUUUUAAUUAAU